CACACAUUUCAUCUUCAAAGUUUCAUUAGGUAACAGCUUGAUCUUUACCUAAAAUAUUUAUUAAAAAUCCAUCCUAAAUACGCAAAAAUGAAGAACUUUGCUAUUGCUGUGUUUUGCCUCUCAGCCUUGAUGAUGUUCACUUCGGUACAAGGAUUGGUGUCUAACGCUAUCAAGGAUUAUGGAAUUCCUUGUGCUAAAGAGAGUGGUAUUACUGGAGAUGAUUUAGCCAAAAUCCAAGCUGGAAAUUUCGCAGACUUACCCCAGCAAUAUGGAUGCUUUUCUGAUUGCAUCUCCAAGAAGGUCGGCCUAGUCACAGAUGCCGAUACCUUCGAUAGCGACGCUUUCAAGUCAAAACUGGCUGAAUUUGUAGUUGAGAGUCGUAUCCAGGAAUUCUUUGAUGGCUGCAAUGGCGAACUUGGUGAAGGUAGUUGCAAAGUUACUGGAUCAUUCUACCAUUGCAUUGCAAACAUUGUUUUGGGUGCUGUUAUUGGUUAAACAAAUUGUUAAAAAUAUUAUGUUCUGAUUCUUCCUGAGGCCUAGCACUUUUGAAUUAGUUACUUGUUAGAAAUAUAAAAAAAAAAUUAUAUUCAGGCAAUAAAAUUAAGUUUGAAUGCUUAAUUAAAA